UUCUAGCCCCCAGCCAUCGAGAGAUUCUUCGUAUGAUCCAAGGAUACCAUGGAAAAGUGUCGUACAAGAAACAGCGAUCCAUCUGUUUUACUAUCACAGCAAAAAUCAGAAGGGAUAAGUUCCAAUGGAGGACAUGACCCUAAUAUGAAUAUUAAGGCCGACAAAUGCUCGAUUUGCUUGGGGGUCCCGAUGUUUGAUGAAACAAGUUUGAAUGGCUGUUCACAUAAAUAUUGCUAUCCAUGCAUAACGGAAUGGAUCAAAUUGCGGCCAAUCUGUCCGAUGUGUAAACGUCCAGUAGCAAAAGUUAUCCAUCAAGUAAAAACAGAUAACAAUGAUGCUGAGACCACAGAAGAAAUAACAGUGGAAUCGAUUCAGCGGCAAGCAAUAAGAGAAAGAAUUGAAACCGAUUCCGCACGUCCGCUUACAAGAGAACGUGCUGAAUUAGUACGUCGCAUACGUCAUCUUCAAAGACUUGUUCGUUUGCACGACCAUGUGUUCAACGAAAGACAAAGAUCCGAAAUGUUGGAAAGUGACACUCGUCGCCAUGAAUAUGUGGAUCGGAUUAAUCGCUAUCAGUUGCUUUUGGAUAAUUGGGAACGACCAAGACGUGAAAUAAUAUCCGAUCCAACAUUUCGAAUUUUGGUUUAUGAGCUUCGGCUACAACGUGUAUCAGUAGUUAAUACUACUAAUACAAGAAUUCAUCGCAAUAGUGUUUCACCGCAAUAUUUUCGAGAUAAUGAAAGGAAUGAGCGAACUCGUAUUUCUGAAUUUGUCCGACGUGAGCUUAAUGCUAUUGUGCCAGCUGCGAAUAAUUUGGAGCGUGUUGUUGAACUUGUAUACGAUUUAGCUAAGACCCAUCAGAUCAUGUCACCGCAGUUCACUUCUUGUCUUCGCAAGGAGUGCCAUGUUUUAGCUAAUUUUGUUGAUCAUUUUGUGGAACUGCUUUAUGAAUUUGCUGUCAGUGGUCAGGAAAUAGGUUUGUUCGAUCAGAAUAGCGAAUAUAUCAGCAGGGUAGAAUAUAGGCGACGACUGACAAAUAUGAAUUUAGUAUUCUUUGGAGAUAAUAUCAAUGAUGACGACAUUCAGAUAGAACUGAAUAAUCUCUACCCACCUAACAGAAAUCAGGCUUCUGGGCAGACACUGGCACAAGGUCGUGCUGAAAGCAUCUCGCCAUCGCAUUUGCAUUUUGUGUCUGCUUACACUGAUGCGUUAAUAAGUUUGCGACGUUUCCUUCUCAUCCUUGAAACAAGUGAUGAGAUGCUUCCUCCAAAUGAACAAACGGCUCUGGGUGAAACUAUCGAAGCAAUUUUUCAAGCUUACAUGCAGUAUCGUCAUCGAAUACGAAGCAGGCUAGAAAAUUCAAAUCGAGGAAUGCAACAGAAUAGCGAUCAUAAUGGAGAAAUUGUUUUAAGUGAUGGUAAUGACGAUGAGGAACAGGGUCUUUCAAGUGCUUCUAGCAGAGGAAAUUCUGCAGCAGUUCCCCAUAAUCGACGGCGAUUUGAACGUUUGCGUCGACGUCGCAGAAGUCAACGAUUAAUGGAUUUGCAGCUUCGUCACGGGAUAUUACGUUCUGAUUACGAUACUUUUCGUCAUGGAUUCUUGAGUAUGUUCUCGGUGCAUCCUAGUAUCUUAUCGAUAGCAGUUCCAAAUGAGGCAGUAGCACUGGGUGCAUCACCUAAUAGCGAAGCAGUGAUCGAUUUGGAAGGAACGUCCAUAUUGGGUGAUGACGAUGUUAUGGUCAUAAGUGAAUCACUUGAAGUAGAUGGCCCUGGCAGAAAUGUCAAUAACGAUGAUAUUGUUAUUGAUGAUGAUGCUCAAGAGCAGGAUGUCAUAAUUGAUGGGGACAACAGUCGGGAUGCUAUAAAUGCUAGCAUUGUUCUAGAUGAUGAUAUUUGAGUUUCAAUGCAUUUUUGAAUUUCCGUUUUUUAUAGUUAUUUGAAACUCUGUAAAUAUUUUGGUGUUGUGAUGCCGUAAGUAUUCGUUUGGCAAAUUGGAUUUCCAGUUCCUGUAUUAGCUGUAAGUAGGAUUUGAGUCCAACAGUUGUCCCAAUAAUUUAGACUAACCUCAAAACGAAGUUGACUCUAUAGCAAGACAUUAAAUCUAUAAGCUAUGUCUGUAAGCUAUGUCUUUCCUUUUUUUGAUGAACUUUUUCUGCAACUAUAUUAUCUACUUGAGUAGAUCGCUUG